AAUUUAGCCAUUUCCUGCCUCUGGCACGGACUUUGACCAGUUCCCAAAGCAUCACCUCCUGUCGCGUCUCGAGUGCCGUCACUGGGGGGCGGCACGUUUCGUCUUUGGUCGUCCAUCGCCCACCCUGCCUUGUCUUUCAGUGGGAGCUGCCGCCUCGUCGCCGCCACACAGCAGAGGGUUAAAAUCGGGAUUUAUCGGAGAAGUAGGACGUAUUUCUUCUGCUGCUUCUUCUGUUUCUUAUUUUUCUUUUUUCGACAGCACCUGACGCUCCGGGAUUUAUUUCAUGAACGUGAGGGUGAUUUUUUAAUUGUCAUCAACAGGUUUCACCACCACCAUCAUCAUGAGGAAGAUCAGCGGCAGACACUUGUUGUGUUUCCUCCUGAUCUGCUUCCCGCUGUCCUGGGCAGAGGACACGAGGAAAGAUGAGAGGAAGACCGACAAUGUCACACUGUGGAGCCAAGCAAAGACCAGGCGACUUUUUGCAAGGCAAAAGAUUGCUCCCCUGCAGCAAAGUCACAUUCUUAAGCACAAAUCAAACAUUAUGACCCCGGCACGCCGCUGCGGCCGCCUGAUGGAAAGCUGCUCCUCACAUGUGCCGUGCUGCGACCCCUGCGCCUCCUGCCGCUGUCGGCUGUUCAACACCAUCUGCCACUGCUGGAGGAUGAACCCCCUGUGCCUGAAGAGGACCUAGAUAGACUGCAGACCAACACGUGUAACACACCUAAUGUUCACCUACAGCCAAGCUUGGAGGAGUUUUGUUAUUCCUGCGUAACGACGGGGCGACCCGAAACAACUGCAACUUUAUGUAUUCUUAAAAUAGAUAAAAUAAGUGUUUGUUUUUAAAUAAAUUAAUUAAAAAAAGAAACUAAACUGACCCAUUUUAACAUAUUUGUGGCUGACAGUAUUUGAAUAAUGAGAUUCAGGUUUUCUCAAUCAAAAUGAUGAAAGUCAGAUGAGUGAAGGCUCACCCGGUGUGUCUUGGCACAAAAAAGGACAUUUCUAAGGACGACAGUCGAAGUGUAACUGAUGCAUAUCAGGCUAGAAAAGACAAGAAAACCAUCUGAGCUUGUUUAAUCUCUGUGAUCACACGGAACCAAGGAAGACCACUUCAAGUUUUUAAACUAACAGAUUAGUUAAACAGGAAAACAAAAAAUGCAAUUAGAAGUUCCAAAUCAACAGAAGUGCAAGAAACCCGAAGUGCACAGUUCAUGUGGGAAACCCACCAACAUCGCUGCAUUAAAACAGAGCAGUGUGUGACCAAGUUGGUGUCCAGCAUAAAGAGGAGGUAUCAGGCUGUUAUGGCUGUGUUUGGUUCUUCCACACGAUACUAAGAGCCCUGUUUGUUCAAUGAGGACUUUGUUAAAUUACCAAUAUGUCUUGUUACUUUAUACUUCAGUCGUCCAUUCCAAAAAAAAAAGACACCAAAUAAGAGUCAACAGCAGAAUCAGCUGUUUGGCUAAUUUUUCUGGCCACGAACAACAUACUCACCCUACAAAUGCAUUUUCCUUACAAAUGUGACUCCAUUUAAAAGGGAAAUAAACACACUUUCCAAUAAUAUAAGAUUUAUUACUAACAAACACUGCUUCUGGCUUACAAAACAAAAACCCAAACGGCUCCGGUCUACCUUCACUCCUUAAU